AUGCCUGCAACGUCAAUACCCUCGUUCGAUGAGCUGCCUGUAGACAAGACUGGACCAUUCUUGAAUGCUUGGGGACUAUAUGGCAAAGACGAUGAGCUAGGCUUCCUGAACCGCCUCACCGAUGACUUGGUCAAAGAAGCAGCCAAAGAGAUUCAAUCUGGCACGAGAAUCUCCCUAAACUGGCCCAUGGACGCUCAAAACGACCUCCCCUUCUUCGGCCGCCAAAUCUUCCACAAACAAGUAUAUCAAAAGCCUCCCCGCAUAGUAAACGACGACACCUGGACCUUCAACACGCAGUCCAGUUCCCAAUGGGACGGUCUCCGCCAUUUCGCCUAUCAAAAAGAGGCAAAGUUUUACAACGGCGUCACUUUGGACGAUAUUCAUUGUGAUCAUAGCACAGUUAUUGGAAUAGGUGCGUGGAGUGAAAAGGGCAUUAUAGGUAGAGGUGUAUUACUGGAUUAUGAGGCUUGGAGGGAGCAACAGGGUAAACCUGCCAAAGAUGCUUUUAAAGCCGGGAUCAUCUCUCUGGAAGAGUUGAAAGCUGUGGCAGAGUGGGAAGGUGUGGAGUUGAAAUUUGGGGAUAUACUGAUCAUUCGCUCGGGGUAUAUCGCGCAGUACAACAAUUCCUCACGGGAAGAUCUGGAAGCGCUGAGUAAGAUUAUGCCGCCUACUUUCUUGGGUGUCGAGCAGAGUGAGGAGAUGUUGAGGUGGAUAUGGGAGAACUUUUCGGCGGUUGCUGGGGAUCAACCUUCGUUUGAAUGUUGGCCGUCAACAAAGCCGUAUAUGCUUCACGAAGUCCUUCUCGCUGGUUGGGGUUGCCCGAUUGGCGAAAUGUUCGAUCUUGAAGCUCUGUCGAGGCAAUGUAAGAAGACUGGUCGCUACAGCUUCUUUGUGGCCAGUGAGCCUUGUAAUGUUCCCGGUGGUGUUGCAAGCCCACCAAACAUCAUCGCUAUCCAGUGA